AUGAGGAAGAAGAAGAAGAACAACAGCAGCAGCAACAACAACAACAACAACAACAACAAUAACAAUAACAACAACAAAUGGGGCAAGAAUAGUAAAUUAUUUGUAAACGUAAACUCCGCGAAGUGA